UUCGAUUGACUUUGAUCUGCUGAAGGCCUUUGCUGUUUGCAUUCAUUCAGAUUUCAUGCUUUGACACUAAACAUCAGCUAUAGCAGGUACCAUUUUUACAUAUGUUUUGAGUUUCCAAGAAGAAAAUGGCGAAACCCCAUCAAAGGAUCAUCAAAAAUCUUCUCAGAUUACACUUUAAUGUUAGCCCCAUUUCUUCAACUCCAAAACCCUCAAUUCAUAGUGCUCUUAAGUUUUCUACCUGUAUCUCAAAUGGAAUUUCAAAUUCAGCUGUUAAAGCCACCAAGUUCCACUUAAAUCCUGCUUUUCCAUCUUCAUUUACAAGACCCAUUUCCUCAAAUGGUGUUUUAUGCCCAAAGUUUAGCUGUUUCAAAUCAUUUUUUGGGGUUUAUUGUAGGAAUUACUCAAUGGGUGAUGUUAAAUUCAACGGAAUUUCUACAAAAAGAUUAGGUUUUGAGAAGUUGGUUUUCAACCCAUUAAAAACCAAACAGUUUUCUACUGGAUUGCCUAGCUUUGGAAGCAAGCUUAAUGCUGGUAAAUUGAAUAGUAAUGUGGCUAAGAAAGUGGUUGAUAAGCCUCUAUCUGUCAUUAGUUCGACAUUUUCGAGGUACAAGGAAGCAAUUGGGUUGCAAAUCGAGGGAUUUUGGAAGAGGAAUUUCUUGUUUUUGGUUGGGGCAGGAGGUGUGUUAGUUUGUAUCAUGCUAUGGAGGAUAAUGUUUGGCAUUGCAAAUACUUUUGUUGGAUUGUCAGAAGGCAUGGCAAAGUAUGGUUUUCUUGCCCUUUCCAGUGCCAUGGUUGCUUUUGCUGGUAUUUAUCUUCGUUCAAGAUAUACAAUCAACCCAGACAAAGUUUAUAGGAUGGCCAUGAAGAAGCUUAAUACAUCUGCCGGCAUUCUUGAAGUUAUGGGUGCCCCUCUCACUGGAACGGACUUGCGAGCAUAUGUGAUGUCCGGUGGUGGACUUACAAUGUCGAAGUUCAAACCCAGGCUGAGGAGUAAGCGUUGUUUUCUUAUUUUUCCGAUACGAGGCCCUGAAAAAAAAGGGUUAGUGAACGUUCAGGUCAAGAAGAAAGAUGGCAAGUAUGACAUGAGGUUACUUGCUGUGGACAUUCCAAUGGCAUCGGGACCUGAUCAGCGUCUCUUCUUGAUCGGAGAUGAAGAUGAGUACAGGAUUGGCGGAGGCCUAAUUGGGGAGCUAAGAGAUCCAGUAGUUAGAGCAAUGGCUGCAACUAAAGAGUUGGAAGAAAGAGAUGACAUAGAAGCAGAAGAAGAUGAAGAAAGAGAACUGAAAGAGGCAGAAAAGAAGCACGGUGAAGAGGUAGCCAGACUUGAAAGAGAGCGAUUCCAGCUAAAAAGUUGAUCAUACAGUCGAUGUUCACAUUUUUUUCUUUUCAUUAGAAAAAAUGGUUCGUUGUGUUUUUUAAGAAGCUGGCCACACAAACAAAGGAGAACAAAGAAAGAAACUGCAAAAUUUGGCUUAGUUGAUCAAUAUAUUUUUCGGAAUUGGCUUGAGCAAGGAUUUCAAAGCCUUUUUUGGGCAUGUAGCCAUUUUUAGCUGUCAUAAAUCUCAGAUGUAUAAAACUGAGACAAAAUGGGUUAGGAUUGAAACUGUACCUUCCCACCUGCAUAUUUGAUUAAACACAGAUUUUAAGUUUCUUGUUUGACUCCUCUCACCUGAAAAUAAAUGUGCAACUACUCUAAAA